UUAUGCUCAAAUUACAGAAUUGAUUUUGGCCCUGCCUUCUCCUUUUUAGCUCCCCUUGCUUCCUUUUCAAUAUCCUAUUCCUCCACAUUCUCCUUCAUCUCAAACAAAAUUUGCUUAAAGGACCUCCAUUGCUAGCUCGAAAUGAGCAAGCAAUCCUGCUUCCACAACCAGAAGCAGAGGAAGGGCUUGUGGUCUCCUGAGGAAGAUGAGAAAUUGCUAAAACACAUAACUAAGUAUGGACAUACCAGCUGGAGCUCAGUCCCCAAGCUGGCAGGUCUACAGAGAUGUGGUAAAAGCUGCAGGCUGAGAUGGAUAAACUACUUGAGACCAGAUCUCAAGAGAGGCACCUUCUCACAGGAGGAAGAAGAUUUUAUCAUAGAGAUACAUGCAAUGCUUGGCAAUAGGUGGUCUCAGAUUGCAGCACAGUUGCCAGGAAGAACAGACAAUGAAAUCAAGAACCAGUGGAACUCGUGCAUUAAGAAAAAACUAAGGCAGAAAGGAAUCGACCCAAAUACUCACAAGGCCCUUUCCGAGAUUGAGGGCACACAAGAUAAGAUUUCUUCAGGAACUAGAAUCAAUAACCAAACAGUUAUAAAGGAUUCGACGACAAAUUCCGAAGGAUACUGUUCUUCAUCGAAGCUAAGUUGUAGCAUUUCGACCACUACCCUUCCGGUGAGUUCAAAUCCUUUUUUCUGGUUUAGCAACAGUAACAUAGGAUUUGGCAUGAAUCCAGAGCUGAGUUACAGCUCCAUAACUUCAGCCCCACUUUCUACUUCAAGCUCUAAUCUCUACAAUUAUAAGGAAUUGAAGAACUUGCUUGAUCUCCCAUUUCGGGAGACUGGUAACACAAAUAGCAGUAGCUGCAAAUACAGUUCUUUUUUAAAUGGUAGUUUGUGCUCAGGCCCAGAAUUGACGACAGAUAAAGGAAACAAAUAUCAUCUACCAGGUGAAAAUAGCGAGAGGAAGUGGUCUGAAUGCCUUCAUGGAAAUCUCCAAGUUUCUUCGCUGCCCCGCUGCCAAAUCCAGCCGUUACAAGCUGGGGAAGUCAAGGAUGAAAGCCAUUUUGGCAUGGAAAGCUUGAAUCUUUGCUUUCAAAAUCAGCAACCUGGGCUGCUGCAGCUGCAGUCUUCGGAUUUAUAUGGGAAGAUUUUACAAAAAAUUUAAACUGUGUUUGGUCAUAUUUAGUUAUUUAUUUUUAUUUGAUGAAUCAUUGAGAAUGGAAGGAAUUAUGAUGCCAAAGCUUGAUCUUUUAUCGACUGAACUUCAGUUUACAAAAGCCUGAAAAUAAGCUAACAAGAACUGUAGCGAUUGUCUUAAUCGUCAAUGGUUCUUGAAACUUGCAAAUUUUUUUCUGCUGUAGAACUACGGUGGUAGUAAGGGAAAGCCUGCGGAUUUGCAG